AUGAAUAAAAGCAAGCAAGAUAAAGAAACCGAUAUGAAUGAAGAAGAUAAGAAAUUACAGGAAGAGCUACUGCAAGCGGUCGAUGUAUUAAAAAGUAAAGAUGAGACAGCUAUAUUGCUAUCAUUGAAUCAUCUAAGAAUGCUGAUACGUACAUCCACGACUUCGAUGACUUCUGUUCCGAAACCUCUUAAGUAUUUAAGAAAAUAUUAUCCCAGCUUGAAGAACGCAUACGAAAGCCUCAAACAAAAGGAAGUAAAAAUACGUUUUGCGGAAAUUCUGAGUGUGCUCGCUCUAGCCGGAGCCACUCCAACAUUCAGAGAUUGCUUGAAUUUCUGUAUCACAGGAGCGGUGAACAAUCCCGGUGAAUGGGGUCAUGAAUAUGUGAGGCAACUCGAAACAGAAAUUGUUGACGAAUGGACAAAUGCGCCGAUCAAAGAGGAGCAUGAAAUCAGAAAACGUCUUACACCAUUGAUUAAAAGCAUCGUUUCAUUCGAUGUAAAACACAACGCGGAGAUACAAGCAUGCGAUCUAUGCUUGGAAAUAGAUGAGUUAAAUUUCCUCGCAGAAUAUUUGGAUUCCACGAAUUUUGCACGAGUGUGUCAUUAUUUGAUUAGCUGCGCAGCUUACAGCGAGGACACAGAGAGAAGACAAAUAUUAGAAUUCGCCACGGAGCAAUAUCUGAAGUUCAACGAGUUUACAAAGGCAAUUUUGAUAGCGCUGCAACUUACGAAUUCAGAACUCAUUUUCAAGUGCUUUAAUGCUUGUCCUGACUCUUUAAUGAGGAAUCAACUAGCCUUCAUUCUCGCCCGACUGCAAGAUCAACCUUUGAGAAUAGAGUAUCAAGGAAACGAUGCCAAAGACAUAGAAGCGAUUUUCAGUAAUGGCCACGUAAAUACCCACUUCCAAAUUCUUACCAGAGAACUUGACAUACUCGAGCCGAAACUUCCGGAGGAUAUUUACAAAAGUUGGUUAGUGAGCGGAUCCAGGCAAAUGGAACACGAUUCUGCGAGGGCAAAUUUAGCGGCGAGUUUUGUUACUGGUUUCGUACACGCAGGUUUCGGCCAAGAUAAAUUGAUGUCGAACACAUCUGAUUGUUGGGUGUACAAAAACAAGGAGCACGGAAAAUUGUCAGCUACUGCUUCUCUGGGCCUGAUACAUAUGUGGGACGUCGACGGCGGAUUAGUUCCUAUCGACAAAUAUCUUUAUACGAACGAAGAUUACAUAAAAUCUGGUGCCUUGCUAGCCAUCGGAUUGGUAAAUUGUGGAAUUCAUAACGAAUGCGAUCCAGCUCUGGCACUUCUUAGCGAGUAUGUGAGCUCAAGUAGCCAGAUUCUUCGCAUCGGAGCUAUCUUGGGAUUAGGUUUGGCUUAUGCUGGAUCCAGAAGAAAAGACGUUACCGAACUACUUUCUGGAGCUUUAGUCGAUGAGCAAAAUAAUAUGCAAAUAUUAUCAUUAGCUGCCAUCUCCUUAGGCCUCGUAAAUGUAGGUUCAGGGGAUUCCGAUGUGUCUUCGACUAUUCUGUUAAAAUUAUUGGGGCUAUCUAUGGAGAAACUUGUUAUUUCGCAUUCCAGAUUUUUGGCAUUAGCUCUGGGAAUGGUUUAUAUGGGAACUCGAGAUGCUAUAGAAACACCAUCCGCAGCACUUGAAGCUUUACCAAAGCCGUACAAUUUUGCCUCGCAAACUAUGCUACAAAUUUGCGCUUAUGCGGGUACCGGCGAUGUUUUGAUAGUGCAAGAAUUAUUAAGGAUCUGUUCAGAAGUAACUGAGGAAGUAACGAAGGUGAAAACAACAUCUGAAAAUGCUUCGAUACUAAGUUGUUGCAAUCAAAGAAAUCCACAAGGCAGCUCUACUACGUUAGAAAAGAAUAAAAAGACUGACAAUCAAACCGAGGAUUCUAUUAACCUUAGAGACAUUGAAGCACCGCAAGCUAUAGCAUCCCUUGGGGUAGGAGUAGUUGGGCUUGGAGAAGGAAGAGAAAACUCGAGGAUUUUUGGUCAGAUUGGAAGAUACGGUCCCACGCCAGCACGACGAGCUAUGCCACUUGCUUUGGCUCUAUCCUCUCUAUCUAAUGCCGACCUGGCAGUCCUGGACGUAUUAAAUAAGUACAGCCACGAUCACGAUGCCGACGUCGCUCUCAAUGCGAUUUUCGCCCUCGGUCUAGUAGGCGCUGGUACGAAUAAUGCUCGAUUAGCAACGAUGUUAAGACAGCUGGCGGCUUAUCACGCGAAAAAUCCGUCUCACUUGUUCCUCGUACGCAUCUCUCAGGGCCUGGUGCACUUGGGCAAGGGUACUUUAACUUUGUCGCCCUUGAGGUAUGCUUCAAAAGUUCUAGAUUAUACCGCCUUGGCUGGGCUGAUGGUCGUCUUAGUUGCAUGUUUAGAUUGUAGGAAUCUUAUACUAUCGCAGUCUCAUUAUUUGAUGUAUUGCUUGGCAAUCGCGAUGGAGCCAAGAUGGCUGGUUACCGUCGACGAAAAUCUCAAGAAUUUGCCGGUAUCGGUGAGAAUUGGUCAAAGUGUGGAUGUUAUUGGAAAAGCGGGUAAUCCGAAAUCCAUUGUCGGCGGUCAUGUACAAACCACUCCAGUGUUGCUGUGUGCGGGUGAAAAAGCAGAAUUAGUGUCAGAUCAAUAUGAAUCACUUUCUAGUGUGCUGGAGGGUUUCGUGAUUCUUCGCGAGAAAGUAUAAUUCAGUAUGUUAAUCUUGCACUCAAUAUGUCGUUUUUAUCCAUACGCAAUUUAAAUUUUUUAUAACAGGUUACGAUAGAUUAAAAAGAUUUAGCAUUCUGCGGUGGCUGUUUUGGAUUGUCUCUCGAUUUGACGCAUUUCUUCCGCAAGAACUACCAUUUAUUAUAAUAAACUCGCAUAUUAAAAAAUUUCUUUGCUAAAUAGAUCUAUAUAUAAAACAAAGGGAACAAACAUUAGGGAAAAUAUCAUAUAAACUUCGUUGCAGGAUAUUUGUUGAUCAAUAAUCAACGAAAUGACAAUAGCAAUACUUAGAUUUUUUCAUAUAUGUUUGCAUUUAUUUAACUUUAGGGACUAGCGGAAGCAAUGUGCUCUAUACAACAGAAACAUACAUUGGUUCGCAUUGCACAGUGGGAAUAAUAACGCUGCACCAUGAUCAAGAAUAUCGAACACAUGAAAAACUCAACAAAACCGGACGCAAGGAACAUUAUAAUGAAAAUAAAAUAAAAGACAAUCACGUGAAUGUAUUAUGCCAGUAAAAUACAUUUACAAAAAAAAA